CUAAUUUUGCAGUGCAAGGUUGGAACUCGGUUCGAACGGACGGAAUAAUCGACGAUGCGCACACGUCUCUCGUAGCUCUUACAAGCACUUCGAUGAUUCGAUCGCGCGCGUAAAGUACCCAUACGCACGCGUAUGUGGCGUGUUAUCGAUUGCGGGACACUGAUAUUACACCCAUCGAUCGUGUGGGUCGUUACUCCACCCGCUGGCGGAGUUAAAGUUUUAGCUUACCGCUGUGCCACGCAAUCCUAGCGCAAGUGAUAGUACCGCAAUUGUAGGGGUAAUUAGUUAUAGAUGCGACUGAUCUUGCUUAUCACCACUAGCUUGGCGCGUUGUGACCGAUUGGUGAUGAUGAAAGUCAUUGAUGUCGAGGAGGAACGAGGGAACAGUUCAGUCUAAAUAUAGUGUGAACUCCGUGAGCAUCGCUAUAGUGGUUCGUUCCAUGAUCGUGUUAAGUUAAGCGUCUCGUUAGUGAAACGGUUUAACAGUUUUGAUUUGUGAGUACCUGUGAGCGAGUGGCACAACUCUUCGCGUAUUGCGUAAUUUCAAGUGCGCACGUCGUUGCUAUCGAAGCUCAGUUACCAGUCGUUAACAUAAAAAUACGAGUGUUAUUUUAUGUUAUUACAUUUUGUUCCCGGGACAGUGUAGUGUUGGCGUUGAACGCGCGUGUCAUCCACUGGAUUAAACGACGAGUUGAGUCUGGACGCCAAAAGCCACCGCACGAAGUGUGGUUGAACAGCUGAAAAGGUGGCGUUAUUCGCUGUCAUCGAGAGGCGCUUUCGUGCGCGACACGAUCGUCCGCUGCCGCCGCCACCAUCGGUGCCAUGCUUGCCAACUCCACCUGCCACCCCGCCUUCGGAUGCCACUGCGGAAGAUGGUUUGUUGGCAAAUGUCUGCAAUGAGUAUCUCACCGUAAUUGACGCCGCUGCCACCGCCAGUACACGGUGGACCUACGCCACAUUCCGCUACUAUCGACGUAAGCACAAGCGCAAAAUGUCCCCCCAGGCCAACCCGAAAUCGAAACCGUACAAGGAGUUCCGCAUGGCGGCCUCCAGCUCUCCGUCGGCCUCGUCGUCGACUUCGUCCAUCUCGUCCAACCAGGGACUGUCGGGCAGUGUCAGUGGCGGACCGGCUCGCUUCCGGCGCCGUCGUCGCCGAAGGAGGCGGGUGAUAAAUGCCGCCAGUAGUAAGGUGGGGUGCAAGCAGAACGAGGAUGACAGUGACCAGGAAGAGGAACCAGAGGAUGCGCAACCACAGCAGCAGGACUCAUCGGAUGAAGAUUUUGAUGACGAAGUGGAUGCGAGACUGUCCACCGGUGUCAUCAAUGGGCGCACACAUGACACGGGAGACGAUGAACCGAUAUCCAUGCCAUGGUUCGGUAUGGACAUCGGCGGCACCUUAACGAAGUUGGUGUACUUCGAGCCAAAGGACAUCACACCUGGCGAGCUGGACCAGGAGGCCAAAGUAUUGCGCAACAUUCGGCGAUAUCUAACCAAGCAUUCGGCCUACGGGGAUACAGGCCACCGGGACACGCACCUGCAGAUGGAUGAUGUUGAGAUUCGGGGUCGACGUGGAUCACUGCAUUUCAUCCGAUUCCCGACGGCUGAGAUGGAUAAAUUCUUAGCUUUGGCCAAACGGAAAGGUAUGGCCCAGUUGGUGACGACGGUCUGUGCCACCGGAGGUGGUGCCUUCAAGUUCGAGGAUAACUUCAAGUAUGAGGUCAACAUGAAGUUGGCUAAGUUCGAUGAGCUCGAUGCCCUCAUUAAAGGAAUCCUAUUCGCCGAGAUGCACAACCCCUGUGAGUGUUACUAUUGGGCAAAUGCUAGUGAUAUUAGUAUAAGUUCAAAGAAAAAGUUCGAUUUUAGUCAACCCUACCCGUUUAUCCUGGUGAACGUAGGCUCGGGUGUUUCGGUGCUAGCGGUGCGUGGGCCAGACAACUAUAAGCGCAUUUCCGGCACCAGUCUCGGUGGAGGAACAUUCCUGGGCCUAUGUUGUCUGCUAACGGGGUGCAAUACGUUCGAGGAGGCUAUUCAGUUUGCUACCAAAGGAGACCACACGCGGGUCGAUAAGUUGGUGAAGGAUAUCUAUGGGGGAGAUUACGAGCGGUUUGGUCUUCCCGGGGAUUUAGUGGCUUCCAGUUUCGGACAAAUGAAUCUUGCCGAGCGGAGGGCGAGCGUCUCAAAGGAGGAUCUGGCUAAUGCAACGCUCGUAACGAUUACGAACAACAUUGGUUCGAUUGCUCGAAUGUGCGCUAGCAACGAGAAGAUCGAUCGGGUGGUAUUCGUCGGAAACUUCCUGCGCGUCAACCCGAUCUCGAUGAAGCUGCUCGCGUACGCAAUGGACUACUGGUCGAAGGGUACGCUCAAGGCUUUGUUCCUCGAGCACGAGGGCUAUUUCGGUGCUAUCGGUUGCCUGUUGCAGUUCAAUGGGGAACUGAGCUCGCACGUCAACAGCGAAAGCGAACUGCUGGCUUAGAUAGAGUGUGAACAAACUGAUUUAUAGAUAGUUAGGGUAAGUUGCACCAACUCUACUACAAAUCUUCAUUCUCCUGGCACAGUGCGCGCCGCCGCCACUACAAAAAUUUGUUAAAGCAAAAAAAUAAAUGACAGCGCAAAGCAGCAAAACGGCGGCAACCGACAAUUAUAAAAAAAUAUACAUGAUAGCAACAUAUUAGGGGUUCUAGGACUUAGAAUAAUAUUUGAAUGACUAAAGAAGAGACGGCAAGAUUGUUAUUGUAUCGUUGGCGUACGGAGGUAUGUGAAUUUACUGCACACGACGGAGGCACCGUUUGAACGAUCGACGAAGUAAAAUGUUCAACACAUUUUUAUCAGCUUCGGGCGUGAUUCUGUUCGUUCUUUAUUUGGAUUAUUUUCAAGAAUUUUUAAUGUUGCCAAGAAAUAUAAACGAUAGAGUACGAGAAAAACUUUAAGUAUGUUUUAUAAUAGCUCAAACAAUCAGUUUUUUUAGGUUUUAAUUUUUACGAACGUAACAAAAUCUAAAACGCGGUUCGAAUAGACAGGUAAUAUUCCUUGUAGUGUUAAGUACAGUACGUUGAGGUUAGAAAAUAAAUAUAUGUGAGGUGAACAGUUGUAACAUUUUGUUAGGUACAUAUUGAUUCUUCUUUACUAGUACUAUUAUACGCGGUAAGCGUUAUUUAUUGCACAAUAUGGUUUGUCUGUUUGAAACAUGGGAAACAAUGUUGUUUUGAGGUGCAGGAAUCAAAAUGUUAUGUGUAAGCUCUACUUUGUUAUAGUACAAUCAUUGAUUGGAAACAAUUAAUUCCAAGUAGUUUGAACUGUACAUUACGCGAUUGCAGGAAGCAAAUCUAUCAACUAUAUCAUUUAAAGUAUAUAUAUA